UUGGGGAGGCUGGAGGGGAGGGCGGGUACGUGCUGACGUCACCGCUCGCUCCUGACAGUCGGAGCCAAAAUAAAACGAGUUAAAAAACUUUUGUUGUCAGGAGUCACCGCUGAAAACAGAUGGCUUCGAAGGUAGCAKGCGGUGAGACCGUCCGUAGUCCUGCGGGUUGGAGUGGUGGUUUGAACACAGCGCUGUCAGUGUAGCUGAAGGGGGGCUGUGUUUUCUUUCUCUCUUUUCUUUUUUUAAGUUAUUCCUGGGGUCGCGCGGGGGAAGCCAGCUUUAGUUUAGCCGACUUGCUAGCUAACGUCAAGUUAAAGGAAAGUGGAGGAGACGCCGGCUAAAAACUGGGGGCUUUAUCCGCUAACCUACAUGCGACGGAGAGCAGGUAAGUGAUGGAGACGAGAGAGUUGACCGUGGUAGCUGGCAGCUUUGURGGAUUCCAGCUUCUCUUCUCAGUGGCCAGCCCGCGGCUCUCCUCCGCCAUCACACCGGGUUACGGACGACUACCUCCCAACAAGCUUAUCGAGUGGAACUCAAGGCUGGUGUCCACUGUGCACGCCUUGAUUGUGGGUUUGUUCUGUUUAUAUAUCCUGUGGUUUGACGACGCUGUCAACGCCAACCCUGUCUGGGGUGACCCUAAUCUCGUCAAACUAAAUGUAGCCAUAACCUGUGGCUACCUCCUUUAUGACCUUGUGCUGCUUGCAUGUAACUGGAGCACRAUGGGUGACAGUUUUUUUGUCUGCCACCACUUGGCGGCGCUCUACGCCUACGGAUACGUCUUGACCCGUGGCGUUCUUCCCUAUUUUGCCAAUUUUCGUCUUAUUUCAGAGUUAUCCACGCCAUUUGUAAAUCAAAGGUGGUUCUUUGAGGCAUUAAAGUACCCCCGUUCACACCAGAUGGUGGUACUAAAUGGCGUGGCUAUGGCAGUGGUGUUCUUCGUAGUACGCAUUGCAGUCAUGCCAUCCUACUGGGUGAGCGUUUUCGCCACAUUUGGCACUCCAGAAUUUGAGCGGCUGGGCCUGGGCGCCCAGGUGGCCUGGAUCACCUCAUGCAUCGCUCUGGACAUCUUGAACACAAUCUGGAUGUACAAGAUCGCCCGUGGCUGCUACAAAGUCCUGACAGGGAGAGGAGGGCGAAAAGUUGAAGCGGAGAAACCAUCUUGUGCAGAGGAGAAGCAUGCGAACAACCACACAGACUGAUGUGGAAGGAUGAAUAUUCAGGCUCGGACAAAAUCAGAAAGGCUGGGUUCUUAGGAGCUUCUGGCUGUUGCUAUAAUCUCAGCAUCCCGCCCCCUCCUAAGUCUCAGAGUCCUCAGGUUCUGACCCCGACUGGGGAGGAGGAGAGUCCCCUUUGACUCACUUAAGCACCAGCGUUUGCAGCCUCACUGUUUUCAGUGACAAGAUUAUUCCACUGCUGGGAGGAAGCUUUCUGGUUUCAGACAAGGUAGAGUUCACAAGCACACUUUAAACAACAUCUGUUCUUCUCCCCCCUCCAUCACUCCCAUCUGCUACCCCCUAGUCUGCUCUCACGCUCAACUUCAACCAAAGCCCAAUCCUCUCAAGUGCCUGUGGACAAAACAGGAAAGCAAUAAUACUGGAGGAGUCAGAUCAAACAAACUGUCUGUAAAAAGUUGAGCCUCUUCAGAUAAACAAUCCUCCCUGGACAACUGGAAGCUUCUUCUUGGCAUCCCAAUCUCCGUCCGUGCAGGCGCUGGCCUUCAGAGCAAAGACCUCUCAGACCCACACAGUAUUUGCAUCAACCUAUAGGGCUCUUGUCUUAAACUCGUCGAACCUCAGAGCACGAGACAGAAAAACCACCAGAUUGCCUCUCCUAGUUGUACCUGCUGUGGCCUCCUUGGAACAAGUAGCGCCUCUCUCUGUCACCAGCCACGCCCUCUGACCGUUUUAUGGGUUCAAACACUAAGAGUUCAGGAGAAAAGAACAAAAACACACUCACUCUGACAUCCGUCUCAUAUGAUUGUUUUUUUUUUUUCUUGUGUAUUUUGGUUUCAGGAUUAGCAGUCACAGUAAUACAAGAUCCACUGCAACCCUCUGCCUCUGAUCGAAUGUUUUUGUUCUACCUCUCCCCCUGCCUUACAAAGACUCUGUAAAUCCCUUCAUCGGUUUAUGGUUUUAUACAAUUUUAUCUGUUACUUGACAUGAAAUCUCUGUCUCUAAUGGACUUCAGUAAAACAGCAGCCUCGCUUUCCUCACAAUCAGUGAAUCUCUCAAAACAAACAUCUCUGUUCUCAGUGACACUGUGAUCCGAACUGACAGAAAAAUCUACUCCUAAAUCCAUUUUCACUUGUUGUUUUCUGAUGCUUUUCUCAACUACAGUAUAUCGCGUAAUAUGUACAYUAAACCUGGUGCCCUUUGUAAAACGGUGCUGGCUCUUUGGCAGAAUGUCAGCAAUAUGAUUGCUAGCAAUAUGUCAUUUUUCCCCCAAAAUGUCCUGUUUAAAUGAAAUUGGAUGCACCAGGGUUUAAUAACAGUAUCCUGCAUGUUUAUUUUUUCUGUAUAAACUGUAUAUCAUCAGCAUAGAGCAUGAUAAGACUGACAUAUUUGUGUGAAGCCUCAGUGAAAUGCCCAACAUAGACAAAUAUCAUCAAAUUUUUUAUUGCAUUAAUCCAGUGCUAAACAGAGGUUUGUCUUCCACUUCCAGAGCAUAAUCAAAGCAUGGACUUCUUGUAUUUUUUGAUUAUUUCUCCUCUUGGUGCAUGUUUAUCCAGUAUUUAAACAUUCAGAAUCUAUGCAGGUGUUGUCUGCAUAGACUUGUAGUAAUGCCUCUCCUACAUGACGGGUGCCACAGCUGGGAUUAACAAAUAUGGAAAUAGUUCCUGAGGGAUGAUCUAACUACGAACUAACUACGGUACACAGAGAAAGACAGGGAUGGUUCAUAUAUGGCUUUUGUCUCACAAGUGGAUGGCAGGRAUGAUUGAUCUUCAGAUUUUCUGUUUAAACUGUAUGUUUACUUAUAUCACUGUAAGUAUUGCAUACAUGUUGUGUGACUUGUGUUUAAGAAGAAAAAAAUCCUAACUAGGUUUUCAUUCCUGUCGAAACACUAAACCGAAUUUCCAUCAGAAUCACCAGGAAACAAAUUAAUUUAUUUCGAAUUUACUAAACUGAACUGGCAAGAAGUCAAUGAGCAGUCAGCCAAACAGGCCGGUUAUAAAUGCCACGCUCAAUAUUUAUUAUGUUUUAAAUUUUUCUAAGAUUCUAUGGAAGCAGCUUGCUGCAAAAAUAAAAUAGAACCAUAUCACAUUUUAUCAUGAAAAGCUUUUUUUAUGUUCUAAAAAUCAGGUUAUAACAAUGUACUGAUGUUACAGCAAAACYUUUUGUUAUUGCAAUAUAAUGGUAAUAUUGUUCUAUCAUGACAUAUUGCUCAAACGUUAACAUUUUCUUGUUAUUAAUGUGUAUGUUGUGGUAACACGGAAAAAUUUAUGCAUUUUGAAUUGAAACUUUUUUGCAGUAAAACAUGUUUUUGUGUUUUUACAAUAUAUUUUUAUAUUUAAAAUUGUUUUAUGUUAUAACAAUAUACAUAUCACAUUUAUAAUAAAUUUUUUGAGCAAUGCUUUCAUCUUAUGACAACAUAUUGUAAAUGUAGUCACAAAAUAAGUAUGGUUAUUGUAUUUCUGUGGAAUUGUUGAAAAAUAUGUUGCAGGAACAUAAAAAUUUCAUGGUAAAAGAUACUGUUCAAAUAAAAACUGAAUUUUAUUAGUA